AUGGCGAACAAGGCGAGGCCUGACCGAAAACAAGACCAAUUGACAUUCGUUCGAGGAUUGCUUCAUUGUGGCAGUUCUCCAACUGUGGCUGCUCCAAGGAAUAUUGCUGUGGCUGCUCCAGGGUAUACGGGGGCAUCUUCUAUGGAGCCGGUUUGGGGAUUCAUGCAAUUGAAGCGCAGCAACGUCGGACAUAGUGCUGAGCAAGUACCCGCUCCGGAAGCAACGAAACUAAAAAUACCGAGAGUUCAAUGGCCACCCUACGGAUUUGGUCUCCCCCCUCUGGAGCUCUUCGAAGAACUAGUACCACAAACACCAUUUUCAAUUGAGCAGUAUUCGCAAUAUUGA